AGUAUGAAGAACCAGCACGGUGCUCAACAAUCUAAAAUCCAUGAAUUGAAAUAUGCCUACACACGAUUCUUUCCUUCGAACAAAAAACAUGGCCGACUCAAUGAAAGAAGAAAGUGUUGCUGCGUUGCUAAAAGGCAUUGAUAGGUACAAUCCUGAUAACUUACAAACAUUGGAACAUUAUGUUCAGAUGCAGGCCUUCGAACAAACAUACAACUUAGAUGCAAACCUCGCAGUUUUAAAAUUAUAUCAAUUUAACCCCAGCAUGUUCAAAGAAACAGUUACAUGUCAAAUAUUAUUAAAAGCUUUGAUGAACCUACCAAAUACAGAUUUCAUUCUUUGUAAAUGUCUUAUCAUAGAGCAACAUCAAUCGUUCGAAAGUGUAAACAAAGUGAUUUCGUUGUCAAAUUUACUAGAGACCUGCGAAUUCCAACAAUUCUGGCAAGAAUUAAAACAAAAGGAAUGCCAAGAGCUAAUUGAAGGAAUAAAAGGCUUUAAAGAAUCCAUAAAAAAGUUUAUUGCGUCAGUCUUGUCCAUCACAUACCAAAGCAUCAGUAAAAGUCUUCUACUAGAAAUUCUUGGAGGUGACAUCACAGAAGAGGAUCUUAAAUCAUACUGCAAUGAUAACGACUGGAAGAUAGAAGAUGAAAAUAUAUUUUUAUCAAAUCAAGAAGAACACAUUAAGUCUAAAAACAUAAGCGAAAAAAUUACAUUUGAUAAUGUGGCACCCAUUAUCAGAUCUGCUGCAAAGUAGUUCAAUGUUGUUUUGUUUAGCCAUAAAAUAUAUAAAUAGACAAAAAACAAAACAAA